CUGUGAGUCACGCGGCUCUGCGGAACGCUGUUCUGGAUUAAGGAUGUCUGUGUUGACGCCCGGAGAUAAACGUGUUGGAGGUCCAGAUUUACAGGUGCUGUUGACUCGCUGCCCUCAAUCUGUACCAACAUGAGUCCAAAAAAUGUUGUUUUCAAGAAGAUUUGCAAAGACAAGUCGGUCGGAGUCUACAUGGGCAGAAGAGACUUUGUCGACCGCAUUGACUCUGUGGAUCCAGUGGAUGGCGUCAUCAUCAUUGAUCCUGAGGCUCUGCAGGGGAGGAAAGUGUUCGUCACCCUGUCCUGUACUUUCCGGUACGGCAGGGAUGACAUGGAUGUGAUGGGAAUCGCCUUUCGCAGGGAGCUGUACCUGUCAACUCGCCAGGUGUACCCGCCUCUGCAGGACCGCGAGAAGGGAAUCCACACCAGGAUGCAGGCCAAGCUGCUGCGCAAGCUGGGAGACAACGCCUACCCGUUCUUCUUUGAGUUUCCUGACAACCUGCCUUGCUCAGUGGCUCUCCAGCCAGCACCUCAUGAUGUCGGCAAGCAAUGUGCUGUGGAGUUUGAGAUCAAAGCGUUCAGCGCUGAGAGCCAGGACGCUAAAAUUCGCAAACGGAGCACAGUUAAGCUGAUGAUCAGGAAGGUCCAAUACGCUCCAGAGAACGAGGGAGUGGCGCCCUCUGUUGAAACCACCAGGGACUUUGUCAUGUCGGAUAAACCACUGCUUGUCAAGGCCAGUCUGGACAAAGAGAUGUACUAUCAUGGUGAAGUUGUCAAUGUGCACGUCAGCAUCACAAACAACUCCAACAAAAACAUCAAGAACAUCAUCGUCUCUGUGGAUCAGGUCGCUACGGUGGUGUUGUACUCCAAUGACAGCUACGUCAAAUCUGUGGCCAUCGAGGAACCUGGUGACUCGGUGUCUCCUGGAGCGACCCUGCAGAAAGUCUACAAGCUGCUGCCUGUGCUGGCCAACAACAGAGAGAGGAGGGGCAUCGCUCUGGAUGGCAAACUGAAGCAUGAGGACACCAACCUGGCAUCAUCCAGCAUUAUCAAGGAAGGUGUGCUGAAAGAAGUUAUGGGGAUCAUGGUGUCGUACAGAGUCAUGGUGAAGCUCAUCGUCGGAGGGAUGAUGGGAUCAAGCGAGGUCGGCCUAGAGGUUCCCUUCAAACUGAUGCAUCCUAAACCUGAUGCAGUGAGAUGGAGGAGGAGAUGGAGUUUCAAGAGUUCAAACGCUCCUACCUGAAGGGGAUGAUUGAUGAUGAGGACGAAGAUGGCAAUGUGUCGGGGGGUGACGACAUGGCGCCCAAAGAGAAAUAAAGGAGAGAGUUGGUCGGAGUGAUGACAGCUGAAGCAAAGACAGCUGGGAGUUUGAGUCCCCCCAGAGUUUGUGCUAGAAAAAAAUUGAGACUUAAUUAAAGGACCAUAUCUGUGAUUUUGCAUAUUUUGGUACAUAGUUCACCAAGUACACUGAUCAGGGGCAGAAAGGCUCUUUAACAAUAUGAAAACAUCUUCCUGACAAGGCUAACAUGCUACCAGACAGCUGCUUUUUUUUUUUUUUCUACAACCAGCAGACACGUGAUCAUCCCAUUGGAGUGUCUCAUGUAAGUAUAAUUUUAAAGGUCCAGUACAGAGGAUGUAGGGAGAUUUAGUGUAAGCUAGUGGUGAGGAUUGCAGAUUGCAGCCAGCUGUAACUUCUCCUGGUUAUAAUUCCUAAAGUGUUCAUAGUUUAUUUUUUUAUCGAGAGCCAAAUUAUCCAGAGAGAUCUCUUCUCUCUUCGCUGUUUGGCACGUCGCAGACAGCCCGCUUGCCCAACACCUGCUGUUGCGUUCGCACCUAUUUUCUCUGAUGAUUAAAUGUGUGUUCACCUUUUUACCAGGAGACAAAUUAUCUGCAGAGGUAUCUACCUCUCGACAGCAAAUGGACAGAGUAAUUUAAACUGUUAUAAACACUGAAUAAAAUAUUUUUACGUUAAGAAAAAAAAAAUGUUUUCUGGCGCUCUCGUUGAGAAGGGGUUGUGAGCUAUUGUGGCUGACAUGAAAAGGAGAAUGGCCCCACUUAGAGUCAGUGUUUGGUGGUGCAUAACAUUUAAUACUGUAGCUAAAUCUCGUUUAAAGAUGAUUUCUUAGCCAACAUGCAACUCCACUGAUAUGGUCCCUGAAUUGAAUAAAUGAUGAAUUCUUCUUAAGUUAUUUGUAAGAAUAAUUUUUAUGCUUUUACAGAUACGCAGCUAAUUUCAGACUCUAUAGUCAUUUGUUCUUUUUGUACAAUCAGAACACGUGGACUAUGUGUUGCUCAAGAAUGCAAAGAAGUUGGUUUAGAUGUGCUUGACUUGAGCUCAUAACAGUGGUUUAGAAUACGAGUAUUCUAUGUGUAAAAGGCAAUGAUCUCCCAACAUUUCUCUGAACUAACUUUUUUUUUUUAAUAUAAUCUGACAAAAGUGCAAGCUCAUAAAUAAUAUGUGAAUUAGUUUUGUUUGCUUUUAACUGUUUUAUCACAAUUCGGAUGGCUGAGUUUCCUGCUACCUUGAUUCUGAAGGAAAUCAUCGCACUGUAAAACUGCUGCUGCUGACUUUAGUUUUACUGUGGCAACAUGUAUGUAAAAGGUUAAGCUCUAGUUGGCAGUUAAAGGAGGUGUGAUGCUGUGUGUGACUUCUGUGCAGUUUGAUCUCUGACAAUAAAAGCUGG